GCAAGGAAAAAGUACUCGGAAUUCCGGCUGGACUCGGUUGGUAGAAUGGCCCCACUGCACAUCCUGCUCCACUGUGCCACCACUUUGCUGAUUGCCAACGCCCUGGUGCUCAAUCCCCAGUUGCUGGGCACUGAAAAUGAGGGAAAAUCCAAAGUCAGUUUUCCCAUCGACCUCGACGACGGAGUAGAUGGCGUGGACCUACCCCUGGAGGUAGAACAAGAUGUGGCCGGGGAUCAGGCAGCCGCCAGGUCUCAGCAUUCGAUGCCGCCCGACUGGCUGACUUUCGACGACCCCACUCCACCCACCAAGCAUCGGAAUGGCCACAAGCCGCAGAUCAUCCUCAAGCAUCCGACCAGCGGAUUCCACAAGCUCUCCGCCCACGGACAUCGCUCCUGCCACGUCGAAGUGGUCACCAAGGUGCAGGGCGUUUGCCAGCCGAUGCCCAUUGGCAGCGCCUGUGUCACCGAUGACUACAUGGACCUCUAUACCGAUACCAACUGCUCUACUCAAUAAAGGGGUUAGCUUCCGUCUUGAUUGAUUGAUUGUUUGAUUGAUUGUCUGUGUGUGUGUGUGAGCUCAGAUUUUGUGCGAGGAGCAGUACGACUACCUGAUGCGCGAUGUCAGUAAAGCUUGUAUAAAUAAAUCCAUUCAAUAAAAUUUUA